CACCUUCGACCAGACAACUCCCAGCAACUUCGACGCCGAUCUAGACUCGUGGCAGUGCACAUUUCAACCUGCAUCCGAGUCUCACAUCGGGACUUUCCAUACUGUACCGUGUGGUUGUGGAAAUGCCCAGACAAAUCAUCGCACAAAUCACCGCGAGCAAUGCACCUGGAGGAUUGGCUAGAUGACCUCUGUGUCCGAUUCAUCAUAAACUUGCCUCCCGAAGAGCUGGAAUCUGUAGAGCGAAUCUGCUUCCAGGUCGAGGAAGCACAAUGGUUCUACGAAGACUUCAUCCGUCCACUUGACCCUUCUCUGCCUUCCCUCUCUCUACGCGCCUUCAGUCUGCGAAUAUUUCAACAUUGUCCUCUGUUCUCACAAUGGUCGGCUCAACACCACACUACCGCUUUUGCGGAGUUCCUGGCCUACAAGUCGCGGGUUCCAGUCCGUGGUGCUAUCAUGCUGAACGAGGCUAUGGACGAAGUCGUGCUCGUCAAAGGCUGGAAGAAGGGCGCGAACUGGAGUUUCCCGAGAGGAAAAAUCAAUAAGGACGAAAAUGACUUGGAUUGCGCCGUGCGCGAGGUCUAUGAAGAGACGGGCUUUGACAUUCGUGCAGCAGGACUUGUCAAAGAUGAAAAAGACAUGAAAUAUAUCGAGGUGACGAUGCGAGAACAGCACAUGAGGCUAUAUGUUUUCCGAGGAGUACCCAGAGACGCGCACUUCGAACCGAAGACACGGAAGGAAAUCAGCAAGAUUGAAUGGUACAAGCUCACAGAUCUGCCAACGUUGAAGAAGAAUCGGCAGCAUGAGGGCAGUGGCACAGACCAACCAGCUCUCAAUGCCAACAAAUUCUAUAUGGUAGCGCCUUUCUUGAAUCCGCUCAAGAAGUGGAUUGCCCAGCAGCGAAAGAAGGACACGCGGUACAGCUCUCAUCUUUCGGCACCUCCAAUGGUACCCGAAGAAGUGACUACCGAAGAUGACCAAGAUGUUGAUGGUGUCGGAAUGGGCUUGCCAGCACAAGUGCCACAGAUUACGAGCGAACUUCCAGAGGUCACUGCAAACAAUCCCACUUCUCACUUGAAGCAGAUGCUCAACAUUGGGUUUACACAGCCUGUUCAACCCGAGACCGUCCUGCAACCGAGUCAUAUGCAACAUGUUGACACCCAGAAAUCGAACGCCCUUUUGGCACUUCUACGAAAUGCUCCGCAAGGACAAGCCCGUCCCAUACCUCAGACACCUUUUGAACAAAUUUCAGAAGCUCCACAAGUACAACAAUCGCCACAUGUCUCUCAUGUGCGUCAGCCUCAGUUGGAUCAGACGCAAGCGCCUCCACCAUUUCAACCACAACUUCAGAACGCCAUCCGGCCAUCUUUAUCCCAGUAUCGGCAAGGUACCGAGUCAUCUGCGAUUCCAGCACCCAGAAGCACUCAAUGGUAUCCACCACAAAUGCAGGGUGCCCCGUAUCAACAGACGGGGGAUCCACAAUUUGCGCUGCAGAGUACCAACCAAACACAGCAGCCUUCCGUUCCUCCAGCCAGCGCGCUGCCAAAAUUGACGAAUCAUACAAAAGCACUAUUAGACGUCUUCAGAGGAGCCACGAAUGUAGCACCUCCACAGGUGCCCCCUGCAAAGAAGGGGCUGCUGGAGCUUCUUUCGGGAGGAGCGUCGCUGUCGAAACGUGGGGCGCUACCCCAGCAUGAGACGACUACAACAGGUACACUGCCAAGCGUAACAAAUCAUCGGGAGCAUACGAAUCUUGACAAUCCAGAUAUACCUCGAUCACUCCCGCCUGUGGCAUCGCAGCAGGUUCAGCACGAGAGGCCAAUUAUGGCACCUCGUGCUCACCCUGUCGACGCACAAACGACGUCGCUUCUGAACCUGUUCACCAAGCCGGCCAACACAGAGCAGACAGCAGGAGACAAGCCUCGAAUUCAACCACCGGCAGAGUUAGCAGCUACACAUGCCGCUUCACCGGCUCGUCAGAACCUAGAUGGCGACAAGAACGAGCUUCUCCUGGCCUUGCUCAAAAAGAAUAACCAAAACGGCUCAUCAAAAGCAACUACUACUGAUGCUACUGCUACCACAAAGCACCCGUCCCCCAGAGAAGGCGAGACAUCAGCAACUAUCAGUGGACCACUGAAUCAACCGGAGUUUGACGCUAUCUCGAGGGCGGCCCGGCACAUGUCCAACGACAUGGGACGAAGUCCUCUUGCGUCCACACGAACGCUAUAUGACCCCAAUCGGCCAACGCCUAUCAAGAUUCUGACACGGUCGGAAGAGUCUCGACGACAACAGCAACCGGCACCCUCCCGCUCUCCGCGGGGAAUGAAGGCGCCAGGGAAGAGAUCAAUCAAAGAAAAACCAGCGCCAAAAGCCCCGAGCAAACCGUUCCAACCUCAGAUACUUCGCCGACCACAAACUGCAGAAUCCUCUGAGCCCGAACCGACGGCGGACGAGGCCACGAAUCAGCACGCCGUCCAGGCGAACGCAAUUCCGUCGCCUCCACCUGCUCCUACUAUUCUGGGGAGUGGAAGACAGGCAAUGAGUCGGCAAUCUUCUCAGACCGAGGCGCAGAAGCAAACCUUGCUGUCACUUUUUGGCGGCGGUCUAGACAUUACCCCAAGAGGGACGACAGUUCCAUCUGGUUCUGGCGUAGUGUCUCCAUUGUCUUCUAGCCAAGUCCUGAAUCAGAACGGUGAAGCCCCGUUAUCCGGUCUUGAACCAAUCUCAACUAGAACAUCGCGAGUUGGAAGUCUGGCUUCAAUUGCAAGUGGACCAGUGGCCAAUCGCACACCCAGUGAAAAGCGACAGACGGGAGCAGAAAACAAGGCAUUUCUCUUGGGCUACUUGGGCAGAAUUGCCAGCCAGGAGAGUCAAUGAGCAGUGGUCCUACGAGGGACAUUUUGGGCAGUCCAAGACUAUGUUGCUAGGCUUGAGGAGCCCGAACAUGUGGCUUGUUUCGGCGACGGCGAGUCAGCCUGUCCGUGGCCUGUCUUAUGUAGUCAAAUAUUAUGCGCUGUUCUUCGGGAAGUAUUUUUGAACGGGGUCAGUCUACGUACAUCGUAUUCGGCUUCCCCGGUGCCCGGGUGACUUUUUGUUUUAUUCUCCGAGAC